AUGUCGAGGAAAUUUGUCCAAAUUAAAGAAGUUGAUGACAAAACAUCAGCAUGGACUGCAAUUGUUCAAGUUGUGGAGAAGAGUCAUAUCCAACGUGGCAAGCCACCAAAAAAUGUCCCAUACAGAAGAUAUUUGCUCACAGACUCAGACGGAACUAAAGUAUCUGCAGUUGUCUAUUCUGUUGAUUUGGGCGUAGUUUCGAAAAAGCUGGUGCCUUACAGGCGGUAUUAUGUCUCCAAUGCUAUUGUCAGUGCAGUAGAUCCUAAAUAUCAAGUUAGCGACUAUGCAUACAAGUGGAACCUUAAAAAAAGCACCUUGAUUGAACCUUACGAAGAACCAAUCCCCCCACAAUUUCCAUGCCACAUAGAAAUCCAACAAUUCCAGAAUUUAUACCAAUUUGCUGACACAGAAAAUUUGCAAAAUAUCAUGGGAGUCGUCGUGCAUGCCCUACCUGUGAAAGGAACUGCAGGGUCAAAAACAAGGGAUAUAGUCAUUGUCAAUGAAGAGAAAAGGCCAAUGUUGUUCACUCUGUGGAAUGAAUUUGAGGAAAAUGAGGGCGUUCAACUAUCAUCAACAAUCCCAACAGGAAAUAUCGUGCUCGCAAUGAGGAUCAAAGUUACAACUUUUAACUCUUUAUCUCUAACGACGAGGUUGCCCACCUGCAUUCUAAUCAACCCACCUAUGCAAGAAGCAAUUAAUUUAAAACAAUGGUACAUAGACCACAAAACUGAAGUUGCACGUCUAAUUGAAGAUAAUGCAUUUGCGAAUACCUCUAUCCUUUUGCCACCGCCGAAUGGCAAUGAUGUUAUCACAGUUCAAGCAGCUUUACGUUCACUUAACAAAACAGUAAAAGCUACAUGGGUGCAAGGUCAAGUAACCAUGGUCACAAACCAAAAAUCCUUGUGGUUCAGUGCAUGUGGACAUUGUCACACUAAGCUUGAAGUUCCAGUUGGUUGGGAAAUGAAAUGCACGAUAUGUAACGGAACGGGAGUAUUAAAUGCACUCAUUUAUGCUGAAGAUGCUGAAAAAUUGAUACCAUUUACUGCACAACAGAUAUAUGAGGCUGAGAAAGAGGGCAACGAUUUGCUGUCAGAAAUCAUAACAGGCUUUUGGAAGAAAACUAUCACAUGCUUCAUUAGGCAUUAUGAGUCAGAUUAUGGAUAUACUAUGGACAGCUACGCCAUAGUGAAACUAUACUUAGAAGAUGAGAUUCAUGGAGAGGCAAGGCAACAUGCAAGAAUGGAAAAACAAAUUGCGGCAGAGGAGCAUCUGAUAACACCAACUGGUAGCCAAAUUCCAUUUGCAGGCGAUGAUUCGCCUUACUUCAGAAUGGGAAAGGGAGCAGAAAACCAACCAACAGGAAGCUCCACCAAGCGAAAACUAACCUUCAGCGGCCCAAGUGAUUCGAAGGAUGAAACCGACCAGGAAAAAUCGCCAAAGCAGCUUAGUGGCACUUCAAAUGUGGAACAAAAAGCUUUCAAUCCGAAAAAACCACAUCCAACUUUCUUCCCAAACAGCCUUCUCGAAACAACGACCAGAAGAACCAUAGUUGCCUUCAACGUCGCUCCAUUGGCGAAAGCCCAGGGAGCAGACUCGUCUGAAGAAGCUAGGGUCCCGAGAAAGGUUCAAUUCAUGCGAUUGGUGGCACCGGCCCACGCCGGCCACCGACGCCCCCUCCUCGCCGUGCAGGUCACCGAGCUCUCCGGCGCCGUUUUCGUCGGCUGCGCCGCCAACCACGCCGUCGUCGACGGCACUUCCUUCUGGAACUUCUUCAAUACAUUCGCCCACGUCACCGCCUCCGCCAAGCAGAUCACCCGGCCGCCGCCGGCGACGCCGUCGUUCCGGCGAGACACCGUCUUCGACUCUCCGGCAGUCCUCCCCCUCCCGGACGGCGGCCCCUCGGCCACCUUCUCCGGCGACGAGCCCCUCCGGGAGAAGAUCUUCCACUUUUCCCGCGAGUCCAUCCUCCGGCUGAAGGCCCGGGCCAACGGCCCGGAGCUUCAGCCUGAGAUCCUCGGUAAACAAAGGAACGACAAGGACACCCACGGAAAGAUAGCGAUAACGCCCGUCAAAUUAGAUCGGAUGGCCGAGAUCUCAUCUUUCCAAUCCCUGUCCGCCCAGCUCUGGCGGUCCGUGACCCGCGCCCGGAACCUACCCGCCGAAAAAACGACCACUUUCCGAAUGGCCGUCAACUGCCGCCACCGGCUCGAGCCGCGGCUCGACCCGCUCUACUUCGGAAAUGCGAUCCAGAGCAUCCCAACUGUUGCUGCAGUCGGGGAGGUCCUCUCGAACAGGCUCGGUUGGGUCGCUGAGCGACUCCACCGAAAUGUGGUGGCACACGAUGACCUAACCGUGCGGGCCGGGGUUAAGGAGUGGGAGGAAAACCCAAGACUUUUCCCGCUCGGGAAUUUCGACGGGGCCAUGAUAACGAUGGGGAGCUCGCCGAGGUUCCCAAUGUACGACAAUGAUUUCGGUUGGGGUCGGCCGAUGGCGGUGAGGAGCGGCCGGGCGAACAAGUUCGACGGGAAGAUAUCGGCAUUUCCCGGUCGGGAGGGGGACGGGAGCGUGGAUCUCGAGGUGGUGCUCGCGCCGGAGACUAUGGCCGGGUUAGAGAAUGAUUUGGAGUUCAUGCAAUACGUUUCGUAA